GCCAACUCCGAAUACGAAACCCUGCCAAGUAGGCGUGCUUUGAAGUCGACCAUCUUGUCCAGUAUAUAUAAUUGCGAGACAUUUCCUUACAGGGGACGUUUCUUACCAUUUCAUUCUUUCACCCCCCACUUUUUUCUUUUAGGAGCUGCAGCAAGUCUACUGUUUCACUAUCAGCACUUUACUACAAGCAGCUGGAUUCUGUCUUUUACCAACUUUCGAUUUCUGUUUUUUUGUUUGAGCAAGGCACUUCCAAUACUAUACAAUCAUUGCAAUCAUGAAGUUCACCAACAUCCCAACUACCCUUCUUCUCCUCGCUUCGGUCCUCUCGGCUAAUGCUAAGCCCAUUGCUAAGCCCAAUGUUGCUAAGCCCAUUCCAACCGUUCCAAACCCCAACUCGACCGAACUGUACGUUUUACCACCUAUCUCAUUCCUCUAUCCUCCCACUAACACUUAUCAUUAAAAGUAAUAAACCCAAUUCUGCACCAGUGCCGAACUUUAAACGAGAAGCCAAUUAUAUAGAGUCAGAAUCUCUUAUCCUCAACGAUCCGACCGCUAAGGAAGGGAGAAGUGUGGAUACGACAGCGAAGAGGCACGACCAUUCUGAUGAAGCGCCAGAAUUUGGGACCGCACCUGGCUCGAACAAUCCCACCUUCACUGGGGGAGCGGUCAACGUUGUUGGACGAGAAGCCAAAGAAGGGAGAAGUGUAGAUACGACAGCGAAGAGGGACGAACAACUGGAGACUCGGAACGAAGACGAAGGGCUCAAGGCAGAGAGGCCACCUCCAAAAAUCCUUCGCUCGUCGUCAACCGACAAGAGAGCUCAACUCACCGGAGAACCUGCGAAUGAUAAUCCCAUCGGGUUCGAGGGCUUAAAGACCAGAGCUGCCAAUCCUCAGGGAGUAAAUCCAGUGGAUUCCAAGACCACUUCUCACCCAUUCGGCUUCGAUAAACUUCUCAACGAACUCAAUAGCAGGCAGGACAACGAAGACACGGAAACAAAACGCGAUCUCGAUCUCGCCGCCCGUCCCAAGCGCAGUCCGCCGGCAACGAGAACCCUUAACACGAGGAAGAAUAAAGAUAUCGGGAAUCAUAUCUUGUUGCCUGGCCUGCUACCACUACCACUACCCAGCGGCACACCUAUCCACCAGGAACCGCAUAUUGUUGGGGAUAUCUAA